AUGACUUACACGGAGCCUUGAUGGCAGGAAACAGGCAGUAAAGAAACAGCAGAGCAAAGCCGAAAUGAUACUAUGCAAGGCAUUUUUCAUUCUGGGGCUACUUGCACUACCAGCUGGUAAGUUCUGGAUGCAAACUCCCCCCUCCCCCAUCUGAAAAGGAAGAACACGCUCGAUAGAUAGGGUCUUGGUUACUUGAAGGUCCUUCCUCAACUCCUUUAAAACAUUUCCUCUAUCACAAAUCCUGGCUCCAAAAUUACAAAGUGUUUGGUGGAGGCACCUUAAAGACCCCACCCGUAGUUUAUUGUGGCAGGUUUCUGGGGUACAGCCCCCUUCGCUCCACGCAUGAAGAGUGAGCCUCCACUGUUUGGUGAUGGCCCCAAAGGUGGGUAGGUGGGGUGUCAGCUGUGAGACCAUGAAGGAGGCAUUCCUGGUAUGCAAAUAAGUUUAAGGUGAUUCCCAACAGCAAAAAUGUUUUCAGGCUAUCCUCAUUUGUCACCUAUCAUGUGGAAGACGUGGUCCUCAUUAGUUGGCAGCAUUAAGAUAAAUUCAACUGUGUAAAAAGAGGGCCUUCUCGGUAGUGGUGCCCGCCCUGUGAAGCGCCCUCCCUUCAGAUGUCAAGGAAAUAAACAACUAUCUGCCUUUUAGAAGACAUCUGAAGUCAGCCCUGUAUGGAGAAGUUUUUAAUGUUUGAUGUUCUACUGUGCUUUUAAUUCUGUUGGGAGCCACCCAGAGUGGCUGGGGAAACCCAGCCUGAUGGGCGAGGUAUAAAUAAAUAAAAUAAUAAUAAUAAUAAUAAUAAUAAUAAUAAUGAUGUUUUGAUGGGUGUAUUAAUGGAAUAGUGAAUGGUUUAGUUUAUGUAAAAUAUGCAGGGAUUUACGAUAUGCGAAUUGAGCCAUGGAAAGAGAAGAAGGGAAGUCACUGACAUUUUAAGGUUGUUUAAUGAAUAUUUUAAAUUUUAAAAUAGAAAACUUAAUAAAAAUUAUACUAAAAAGAGAGAGACAUGGUCCUCAUUUAAACCAGAAUUAUCCAAAACCCAGGGCUUUCUCCAUUAAAAGUCUGAAGGACUUAAGAUUAAUGAAUAUGUGCAGAAGGUUGGAGUAGAUGACUCUUGGGAUCCCUUCCUACUUUACAAUUUUGGGAAGGAAGUUGCAGAUCUUGCCACACACACAUUCCACCGUCACAGGGCCAUAUGUAACUAUGGUUAUAUUGGGUUGUGCAAUUGGCAGGGGGAGGCCCUGAUGUUGGUGGUGGUGGUGCUACUGAGUGCUGCCUGUUCGGUGCUUUCCAGUGAACAGGGUCUUCUUGGUAGCAGCUGCCCUUUGAUGCUAUGCCCUCCUUGCUGAAAUGUGCCAGUCCUUCACUAUUAUGGAAUAUCCAGGCAGAACCAGAUAACCUUCCUGUUCCUCUAGGCACUCAUCACCGAGACACACCGUUCCCGGCAACCUUGAAAUGAUUCCGCUGUGUAAAGAGAUUUGAUUGCUUUUAAAUGUUUUUCAGACCUGUGUAUUGUUGUGUCAGCCUCACCUCUUCGGGGAGGAAACGGGGUGAUUAAUUAAUUGAUUUGUGUGUGUAUAGAGCAAUCAUUAAUUAAUUGUGUGUGCAUCUGAUAAAAACAAGCAGGGAGGAGGCAGCUGGCUGGGCUAAGGAAGUGGUUAAUGCCUUUUUGCAAGAGGGGUUAGUCACUGCCUGCGAGAAUGUUUUCCAGGGACAUCCCUGAUUUAGAGCCAUCUCGGUUUCUGAUUUGACCCCAAAAUGCUCCGCUUUUCCUUGGGAUAUCCCUAUUUUCAUUCGAUAAAUGUUGGAGGUUAUGAAGUUAUCCAACCCCAGAGCCGUCUGAAGGCAAUCCUGAAUAGGGACGGUGUCUUUUUUUUAAUAUUUAAUGUUUUAUUGUGUUUUUAUAUAUAUUGGAAGCUGCCCAGAGUGCCAAUAAGAUGCGUAGGGUAUAAAUAGUAAAAUUAUCAUUAUGGAAUGGGACGUCUCUAUUUUCAUCAGAGAAAUGUUGGAGGGUAUGGAAGGAGGGUAUGGAAACACUCCUCAAGAAACCAUUUCUGGAUUCGAAAAAUCUUAAGUAAUUACCGGCCUGUCAACAAUCUCCCUUCUUGGCCAAGGUUCUUUUUUUUUAAAAAAAUAAUAUUUAUUACUUUUCCAACAAUUUAAACACACACAAACAAAAAAGAAAAAGAAAAAAACAAUACAAUACAUUUCAAACUAACAAGACAAAACAAAAACAAUUUAAAAGACAUCAAACAAUUUCAGUAUCUUAUCUUUCAUUCACUUAUUUCAGUGACCUCCUCACACCUCCCUUUUUGUAUUCCACUUCUGUUGAUUAUUUCAGCAAUUCCUUUCCAUCUUCCUCUGCUUUCUAUCCUUUAAUAUCUUAACAGAUUCUAACCUUAUUUUUCCCUUUAAUACUCUAUUGAUCUAUUUAUACUUAAUUCCUUAUAACAUUUCUACUAAAGCCAUAUAACUUCAUUCCAACAUUUUUCUAACAUUCAUUAAUUUUACAGUAUUUCUGUAAAUAGUCUUUAAAUUUUUUCCAGUCUUCUUCCACCGACUCUUCUCCCUGGUCUCGGAUUCUGCCAGUCAUUUCUGCCAAUUUCAUAUAGUCCAUCAACUUCAUCUGCCAUUCUUCCCAAGUGGGUAAAUCUUGUGUCUUCCAAUACUUCGCGAUGAGUAUUCUUGCUGCUUUUGUUGCAUACAUAAAGAAAGUUCUAUCCUUCUUUGACACCAAUUGGCCAACCAUGCCCAGGAGAAAGGCCUCUGGUUUCUUCAGAAAGGUAUAUUUAAGUACCUUUUUCAUUUCGUUGUAGAUCGAAAAAUUAUAGAUUCGAAAAAUCUUAAGUAAUUACCGGCCUGUCAACAAUCUCCCUUCUUGGCCAAGGUUCUUGAGCAGGUGGUUGUGGACCAGAUCCAGGCACUCUUGGAGGAAACUUAUUUUUGAGAUCCAUUUCAGUUGGGGUUUAGCCCCAGUUUUGGCGCAGAAACUGCUUUGGCCGACCUGUAUGAUUGGCUUUUUUGGGAGAGAGAGAGAGAGGAAAUGUGUCCUUGUUAAUUCUUCUUUGUGCCGUGAAUAGUGGAGGAGAGCGAGACUUCCUUCAUAAAGGGUCUGGCUUGGUUAUAGGCUUAACUGCCCUCCUAGCACACGCCCCCAAAUGCUCUGGCUGCAUUGCUGUGAACGGCCAUCUUUUGCUUCAAGUAGGGCCAGGAAUUUUAGUCUGGCCCAAGUCCAGCUUCAGAGAGGUCACAUACUGGAGGGGGCACUUGAGGGAAGGAGAAGCUGCUGGCUCUCCCCUGGCUCCACUACUGAUGGCACAAAGGCAACCCGAGGGGUCACAAACACCCUCCAGCUUUGCUCUGGGAGCACCAGUCACCAGUCCAUGGAACAGGGCGGGGGCACCAUUUUGUUAUUCUCUUCAGAACCCAGCCCUGGAAAACUAGAAUUGCUUUUGGAAGACUUUGGGCAGCUCCACACCAUCUAUUUAAAGCACAUGGAUUAUCCAAAGAAUCCUGGGAACUGUAGUUUCCUCUCACAGAACUAUAACUCCCAGCACCUUUAACAUUCUACAGCCUCAAGAAUUCUUUGGGGAGAAGCCAUGUGCUUUAGAGGUGUGUUGGAUGUGCUUUAAAUGGAUGGUGUGCACCUGCCCUUAGAGGAUAGGUGACACUGCAACAUCUUCACGGUUUGACCCUUGGUUGAAUGUGAACAAAAAAAUAAAGGCUCCCGCCCUUCCUAGCUGAAAGCCCAGAGAGCCGCUGCCUGUCAGUGUGGACAAAAUUAAGCUAGAUGGACCAAUGCUCUGAAUUGACAUAAGGCAGCUUUCAAUGUUUCUUGACAGUUUCUUCCUUCAUUUCCUGGACCAUACAGGUUCCUCUGGUGAAGAAAAUGCUGUGAAUAUGAAAGGAAUUCUGGGACGAUCUGCAACUUUCCUGCUGAACACUGCAGAACAAUUCAAAAAGAUUUCUUGGCUUAGAACUAAAGGAAAGCAGGAUCUUGAAAUUUUUGUGGCAGCGAUUCCACGAAAGGAUCCAGAAGAGAGAUGUGAACUCAGUGACCAAUUUUUAGCAUAUAGAGGGCGGCUGAGUGUCUCUAAGGACUGCAAGAGGUUACAAAUCAAUAAUCUAAAUCAAGAGGAUUCUGGCACAUACAGAGCACAGAUCUGGAUAGCUGAUGACAAAGAUCCAAUAAGGGAAACCUUUACCCUGAUGGUAUAUAGUAAGUAUUCUAAACAUUUCAGGCACCCAGGAUGGGGCUCUGAUCGAAGCAUCUUAUGCCUUGAACUGGCUUUCAUGUAGAGUCACAAAUGAUAAUAGAGCAUCUCUCCUUCAGUCCCUGACCCUGUGAAAAUAAUUCUGGGCCUGCAUCCACACCAGGGCCCUUCUGCACUGAUGAGGCCUGGAAGGAGAAUUAAAAUGGUACUUCAUACAACACACUAUGGCACUCUAUCCAGACCUCCCACAAAAAAACCCACCAGGGUCCUUCCCCAUUAGUAAGAUCUCAUAUUAACUCAUGAUUAUGUCUCAUUAUCAGCUGUAGCCUAACAGGUUUUUGAGGUGAUGGUGCACCCCACAAGAGCUAGAAUGGCUCCAUCACACCACUUUCACCUCUUCCCACAACAAGGGAUGAACACCACAGUGUGGGGUAUUUUGGCAUAGAAUUCCCACUCUGCCAGGCAUAUUAUAUUGUAUUUAUUUCCCGCCCUUUACCGUAAGGCCCCAGGACAGAUUACAAGGUUUUAAAAUCAAGUAAAACAAUUUAAAUGUAGCAGAUUAGGACGGCCUGAAAUAUAUAUGAGGUGUCAGAGGCCAAGGUAAAGAGGGGUGUGUUGAGCAUUUGAUAGAAAAACUAUAUCCAGGCAGGGAGGGAAUUCCAUAGCUUGAGGUCCAGCGCAAAGAACGCCCCAUCCUGGGCCACACAUACCCAAUGUUUGAAAUCAAUGGAAGUACAUAUAGAUUCUCUACUGAUCUUCAAGGGAGUCUGUAGGGAAGGAAAUAAUCUCUCAAGUUUUGUUGCUUAUUUCCGUUUUAAAUAAAAACUUUUCUUAUGCUUUUGCUGCUGUUUUUUCUUCCCUUUCCAUUUAUUUGCAGCUGCCUCAUUUGCCUUUCUGCUAAUUAUUGCUGUUUUGUAUACCAUGUCUCUCUCUCUCCCUUCCUGUUCAGAGCGUUUAUUGGAGGCUGACCUGGAGAUUGUCUGUGACCCAAAAGAUUAUCGUGGUGGGAAUGGAACUCUGCAGCUGAACUGCUCUGCAGGGAGCUGGGAAGAUGAUGCCACGUUCAGCUGGGCCCCAGCCAGCAUGAGUGAAUCCACUGGGAGAUCUCUUGUCACCUGGCACAAUUUAGAAAGCAAUGAUUUGAACUUCACUUGCAAAGUAGAGAACCCUGUUAGCAAUGCAUCCAAGACAGUGUCUGUCCAGAAAAAUUGCAGCACUGGUGUUGCAAACCACACUGGUAAGGUUUGCUCUUCAUUUUUCUUUUGGCAGAGUAAUGCUUGCAUCUAAGCUUGGGCUCAUUCAUACUUCCACUUGUCCCCUACUUUUGAGAAACAGGUCUGAGUGAUCUUCCACUUGUCUUGCCACUCUCCCAAGAAAAGACCACUCUUUACUCCUGAAUUAGAGCAAAUGUCAAUCUGCAGAAAACCUGAUUGACGUUUGCUCCAAUUCAGCUGUAAAGAGUGGGUUUUCUUGGAGGAAAGCAGGAGAAGCAAAAGUGUGGAUGAGCCUCUAAUUUUGCAAUCCUGUUUGUGGAUGAGGUUAAGUGGCUGUGAGGAGAACAGAAGACCUGGGAAAAGGUAGAAAAGCACCCCUGGUGGUUUUGUGGAAUUAGAAAAUUUGUAAUAUCCUUACAGGGACGCAGGUGGCGCUGUGGGUUAAACCACAGAGCCUAGGGCUUGCCGAUCGGAAGGUUGGCGGUUCGAAUCCCUGUGACUGGGUGAGCUCCCAUUGUUCGGUCCCUGCUCCUGCCAACCUAGCAGUUCGAAAGCACGUCAAAGUGCAAGCAGAUAAAUAGGUACCGCUCCGGCGGGAAGGUAAACAGUGUUUCCGUGUGCUGCUCUGGUUCACCAGAAGCGGCUUAGUCAUGCUGGCCACAUGACCCGGAAGCUGCAUGCGGGCUCCCUCGGCCAAUAAAGCGAGAUGAGCGCCGCAACCCCAGAGUCUUCCGCGACUGGACCUAAUGGUCCGGGGUCCCUUUACCUAAUAUCCUUACAGGAAACUGGCAGUGGUAAGACUUUUUUCUCACUAAAAGCUACUUAGGAAGACAGUGCUCCGCCACUCAUUUCUAGGCAGAGUCAUGGGUCCAAGCUAAUCUUACAAUCCUGUUUGAAGGUGGCCUGACUAGGAGGACUGAGGACCUGGAAAAUGUCUUUGCAUAAUUUGUUUCUUCUUAAUCAGGAUAGGACAAAGAUAGCCCACUGACCCAAACAAUCUUGAUAUUUUCCCCAUGUGUGACUCUUUAUAUUUCACUGGGUGUUUGCAGCACAAGAUGAUGGAGAACUGGACCAAAACAAACAGAAUGUACUUCAACAGGGACAAAAGCAAGGUAUUAAUAAUCAGAUGCACAAACGUAGGAUGGAAGACACUUGGCUUGACAGCAGCACAUGUGAACAGGAUCUAGGGGUCUUGCAGAGUACAAACUUAACAUGAGACAACUGUGUGAUACAGUAGGAAACAACAACCACAACAACAAUAAUUCAAUUCUAGGUUGCAUCAACAGAAAUAUAAUGUUCAGAUCAAGGGAAGUAAUAAUACCAUUGUAUUCUGCCUUGGUGGCUCAUCUACACUUUGCUUGUCCUGCGUCUAGAAAGCACAGGUCUGAGCAGUUUCCCCCUUGUCCCAUGCUUUCUAGGUAGGAGGCUGAGUGGUUUUCCAUUUGCCCUACCACUUUCCCUGGGAAAACCCAGGGGGUUGGACUGGAUGACCCUUGGGAUCCCUUCCAAGUCUACAUUUCUAUGGUUCUACGUGGCAUUAGGGCCUGGAAACUAACAUAUGUUAUUGUUUUGUAUGUGCAUCUUUUAAGGAAAUGAGGCUUUCUACGAAAAUAUGUCUUUAACCCUGCUGGCUGCCAUUCUCGCAGUGGAAAAAGUUGCCAUCAGCGUCUGUGCUGGCGUUCUCAUGUGGUGGAAGAAGCAAAGAGGUAGGAGAUUUCACCGAACUGCAUGAACCGCUUCAAAAAUACCCCUUGAAACAGGCGAGGAUUAGGCAGUUUUACCUAAAAUAAGAAAAGAACAAAAUGUCUCCUCCCAUCCAUAAUCUGUAAGGCUGCAGGUUCCCCCAAACCAAGACUGGGUUCAUUCUCCAGUCUGGACCACGCAGAGUCUGGCCCCUGCGCUACAUGGCCGCAUGGCGAGCUCCUUCUUUGGCAUGCUGCACUCCCUGUAUGGCAGCAGCAGCAGCCCAGGCCCAAGGUGAGCAGGAACGGAUGGAGAGAGGUAUGCAAAGGGGGGACCCCAGCUCAGCCCAGUCCACAUUGGCUCCUCUCCACAGGUGUCAGGGAGAUCCCCCCACCAAGGUUUGCAUCGGCCAGCCGGAUUCUCCCCUACCCAGGUGGGCAGACGGUGCAGGCCAGUGCCACUUGGCUCCCAAGGGGGGUUCGCUCUGGCCCCCCAGGCGCCGACAACGUAUGCUGUGCUGCUGGCCACCAGGCAUUUUUCAGCUUCAAGCACUGAACAACUAAGAGAUGUGAUUAAUCGAGUGGACCUUGAAUCCCAGAUUGAAAUGUGCCUCUUAAUUUCUCGCCAGGUGAUGCUACAGAUCCCAAAGCGAAAUGAAAAGGUUUCUGCUUGUGCCAAAGGAUGUACACAAAGGAUGGCCAAAGGAUGUACACACACCCCAAAUUUAUAACUCAGUCACGGCUUUCCUGGGGCGACCGGAAUUCAAUUUGCUUGGGCUCCUUUUAACUUUGUCAGCCAUGGGUGGAAUCUACACACCUAUGAAAAACGUUCUGAAAAUGCUUUUAAACCCCCCCCCCCCCAAACAUUAAAUUUUCCAUAAGGCUCACCAUCACCAUCUAGUGUCACAUUGUAUAUUGCACUUAAACACACACAUUUAUUUGCAGCUGUAUAGCUUGAGUCCAUGGUUUUGCGUGGGAGGACUGGAUCUGAAAUAUGGCUCAGUACACCAGGUGACACUGGAUCAGUCAUGAUCUCUCAGCUAACCUACCUAACAGGGUUCUUGUGAGGAGAAAAUAAAAUUGGUUCUCUGCUCACUCCAUUGCUCCCCCCACCCCCUCGCAAGGAACACAUGUUCUCAUUGGGCCUCUGAGGGGGAUACUGAAUGGUACAGAUUUGGGGCACCUUUUUUUCUAGAAGAAAAGCAAUGGCCUCUGAGGGAAUCUCUCCUCCUGACAGCUGAGCAUGACUCUCUCGUGCCUUGUUUCUUUCCAGACUACAUUUAGCCAAGUAAUCAAUUUGAUCAAUCAAUUAAAAAGCCCGUGGGCCAACUUCAAAAGCGUUCCAAAUUAAUUGGAUGUAAUGGUGCGUACUAAUCUCAGUUGUUUUUGAUGGGUUAUUGCUGUGGAUCAUGGCAUCAGUGAAGUUGCCAUAACUUGAUAUAAAAUGUACCCCUCGAUGAACUAUAUUGAUGCUGGUACAAGUCUUUAUCUUAAAUGUGUCCAAGGAGGCAUUGAUAACACUUCCUGACCUUCUAAUACUUAAUGUAAGGAUGAACACCUUAAUCCUGUGUUAUCAGCAAAGAUAAAUUAUCUCCUAUUGUAGCACCCUGCUUGUGGUUAACGCUUAGCUGGAAUGAAAUAUUCAACGCAGCAAUAGAGAAAUUAAAAUAAUAAUUUAUUUGUCAGACAAAUAAAUGAUAGGCACAGUGGUAUAUGGUUACCAAAGCUCUGCCCCACUUCCAGCCCUGAUGGCCAGCACUCAUAUUUCCUCAGCCCAGCCCCCUUGCUCCUCCUUUGGCUGCCUGUGUCCAAUCAGCCUGGUUGAAAUUCCUAUUGGCUGUUUGCUAGAACCAAUAAUAAAAGACACACCCAUUUCCUAUUACCUUUUAUGGGAGACAAAGAGCUAUAUUUCCUUCUAUCCAUAAAUGGCAGACAAGUAGCCAUAUAUCUUACAUUUGCCUCGACAAGGCACCUUAAUUACCAGAUCACCUUUUGCCCCUGUUGCCCCUGCAUUCCAAAACAAAUGGCUAAAACAAAUGGCUCAUGGUAUUAAAUUCUGUCUAAACAGAGAUCUUGGGUUCACAUUCUCACACACCAUCAAUGAAAUAAGAAUCUAACAUAAGAAUCUAACAUUUCUUACUUUCUAAAUCCUUUGCAUAAUUACAUUAAGCCAACAAAUCUCAUACAUAACAUAGAUAGCUUUUUAGAAGAAAAGGCCUUUGCAAAGUAAAAAAGGAACUCAGUAAAAACAGCUUCAAAAGAAGCCCCUUCAGUUUACACCCCCCUUUCCCAGCCAGCUGCUUUUCCCAUUAGCUCUUCCCAAAAUUUAUUGCCCUUAAUAUGGCUAGAGUCUGAUGGGAGGCACAUGGUACUAUUUUCUGUUAAACAAUAAAUCUUACUAUUUACCAACUCUUAAUUAGUGUUUUUGCAGCUUGAUUGUAUUCUGUAAUAUGUAGGGUCAGUGUAACAUUUGCUCCCAGCCUGUAAUUCCCUUUUACAACUUUGAGAAACUUGUCUCCUGCUACUGCUAUAAAUCGGGGGGGGGGGGGGCUUGUUCAGGAGAGCAGGAAGAUAAACAACUGCCAAAGUACUUAGCCAGCUGGUUUCUGCCUGGCAUGAAACAUACAAACAUUUGCAAAUAUAUCUUUAAGCUCAUUUUAAAAUACAGGCCUUGAUCAGAUGCCUCACUAUUGUAGGAAAGAAUGAAGUUCUGCACAGAAAAUAAAAUCUUGCUCGAAAGGUAAACUCACGAUUCAGGAAACAUACAGACAACCAGUUAGUCAUUUCUCAAUAUGGCCAUGUUCUUUCAACUUCAAAUUCAGGGAAGUAAGCAGAAUAGCAAAUGGCCAGGAACUUGUAGGAAAUAAACAAUAAUACAAAGGAAUGAAGGUGUUAUGACAUUCACUCAUCCAGAAAGACCCUUCCCUUCUCCAUAAAGUAGCAUUGGCUCAAAAUAAUACUUAAGCCCCCUGUUUUUAAUAUUAGGUGGCUCAUGAGCUCCAACGGGACCCCCUUUCACUCUAUGCUCUCAAGGAUCAGCCCCAUACUUUACUGGACACAGACCAGAGGAAUGGCUGAGAGAUUUCUGAUGGUUUAGGGUCUUAAAAGAAGAGGAGGCACAGAUUUCUGAUGCCUGACUUUGGUUCCAUUAGCCUUCAAAAUCACCCCUUUCUUUGCUUUAUUUUAGUGUGGGUCUGUGGCACAUUGCUCCACUCACUCUCUAGGCUUUGGGGGUGGUUAGGGAUCCUUUUUACUCUCAAGAUCAUUGUGUGUAUUGUUGUAAACAAUAAAAAUA